AUGCCUUCGGAUAACCACAUCAAAGCAGCCUUGUCUCUCAUCGAGGACAAGUCCAAGAUCCUUGGCUUGACCAUCGGCAACUAUGAGAACGUGCAACCUGGAACAUACCUACCCCGCAAAGCAUGUCAAGAGCCCCCGAAGCUCUCCUUCACUGGCACCAACCCUAACAGCACCUACAUGAUCGUGAGCAUGGACAUUGAUGCCCCCUUCCCUGGCUUCGGAGUCCUGGGUCCCAUCCUUCACUGGAUCCAGUCCGAUGUCAAAGCCACCAGCGAGGGUGUACUGGAGUACGACGCGCCCUUCGUCGCCAACUACAUCGGCCCUGCUCCCCCUCCAAUGAGCUCGCCCCAUCGGUAUACCUUCUUCCUGUACGAACAGCCUGCAGACUUUGAUCUCACGGCCCAUGCACCUGCUGGUGGCAAGAAGCUUGGCAACUAUAAUCUCAAUGUGGCUCGUGAACUAGAAAGCUGCCAAAUUGUGAACAUCGAUUGGCUGCUUAAGAAGAUCGGAAACGAUAUUCCAGAGCAUGGUCAGAAAAAAACAAUCAAGGGCGAGAGGAAUGAAGAUAGCAAGCCCAAAGGCAAAAAGCGUGCGCGAGAAUCUUCAGUUGGGGACGACGAAGGCAACCCUUCGAAGAGAACGAAGGAUGAAGAACAGAUCAAGCUCAAGUACCUGAUCAGUUUGGUUGAUGAGAAAUACCCAAACCCGAGUAGCACGCUAUCCGUUUACCAGGACGACACCGGUUUGAUAUGGGAUGCCACACUGGUCAGUCUUGGUGUGAGAAAAGUUCAGAUUUGCCGCAUACAACUUCUCCUUCGUCGCGAGUCACAAAAGUUCCACCUGUGGAACUUGCAGUACCAAUGCGGGUCAUCCGAGACGUCAACAUCAAUUGGAAGGGUAGGAAGCUUCGACUCGGUAAAGCGUGCGUUUGAGGUGAAGUUCAAGUCACUCAGUCAUCUAGAAUGGGAAGACCGAAAUGAUAUUCCUUCUUCUAAAGGCUGGAUUUUCCUCCAGAUGCCUCAAAGGGAAGUUCCCGUUUUCACCAGCCGGAUCAGCCCGUUGCCAACAAGCGUUGAGAACGUUUUGAAAAUCAUCUUCACAUCGGGAGGAGACUUGAAAAACUAUGUCCAUUUGCUAAACAGUCAGGGGCGCGGUAUUUUGCUUGAAAACCAAGUGGACAAGAAAAAGCUCCUGAUCGGGAUUGCAGUCUUGGCCAAGCUGAUGGAGCUCACCAAUCCUCAGCUAAAUCCUCGCGACACUUACAAAGCGAAGAACAAACUGUGCAACUUCUACAAUCACUUGAUUCUCACACAAGGGACUCUUUCGGAUAACAAAGAUAUUGUCAGACAGGAAUUGGAAUCCCUCGAUCUGUUACUCAAGUUGCGCGAUGCCAGCGAGAUUCUGGAAAAAGAAUGCCAGUCUUCCUCAUUGGCGAUGAGCCAGAUAUCCCAAGUACUUGGUCUGGCAAAAAUGCUCCCAGGUAUAUAUCCUUUGUGCCUUCCUGUGGAGAUCAUCGGCCUGUUCCGUCUCGAACGUCCUGGGGAAGCGGAGCGUUUUGCCCAGUGGGAAAAGGAAAACCUUGCUAACAUUGGAGAUCGGCGACUUCUGUGGCAUGGCUCAAAAGCUAGCAACUUUGCAGGGAUCUUGAGCCAAGGGCUGCGUGGCGAUGGGAUUGUCAGUACCGAUGGAAAGCGCUUCCUUCCUGGGGUAUACUUUGCCGACAUGUCUACUAAGUCGGCACAAUAUUGCAGAGGGAACGGGGAAGUCUUGAUGUUGUUAUGCGAAGUCGAGCUGGGGAAAUCCAGGGCUUUUUCAGUCCACCAUCUUGGCAUGACUGUCCAUACUAAAUGGCGCGAUGCUGGAUAUAUUCACCCAGAUUUCAAGGGGUGCAAAGUGCCAGAUGUUCACGCGGGAAGAUCAACUACAAUCCCGAACGGCCGGCGUUAUUACACCUCUGAGUAUAUCGCGAAAAACCCAGCACAAAUUCGUCAACGGUAUUUGUUCCAUGUUAAGCUAGUUCAAACGCCAGGGACUUAG